AUGUCUGCGCUGCUAGUCGAGGCUACGCGCAUUGCGCGCGAAUUCGACUACCCCGCUGAGCAAGUCCGUCGCGGGGUUGCCGAGUACAUUCGCCAGGCCGACGAGGGUUUGGCGAAGGAGAACACCACUCUGAGCCAGAUUCCCACCUUUGUGACCGCAGUGCCCAAUGGCACGGAAAAGGGUCUCUACCUGGCCGUUGACCUCGGCGGGACGAACUUUCGCGUGUGUUCUGUGCAACUUCACGGCGAUACCACUUUCUCUCUCACCCAGUCUAAGAUCAUGAUCCCCCGGGAACUCAUGGCCUCCGGCACCUCGAAAGACCUUUUCACCUUCCUUGCCCGCCAGAUCGAGUCUUUCUUACGUAUUCAUCACAACGACCACUUUGAAGCCCACCAGCGUCGACGUGCAAACAAUGCCGCUGUCGAAGACCUGUUCGAUCUUGGCUUCACCUUCAGUUUCCCGGUGCGCCAGUUUGGAAUCAACUCCGGCACGCUCAUUCGAUGGACUAAGGGCUUCAAUAUCCCCGACGCUGUCGGCCACGAUGUGUGCGCCUUGCUCCAGUCUGCGAUCGAUGAUCUAAAUUUGCCCGUGCGGGUGGCCGCUCUGGUCAACGACACCGUCGGUACCCUCAUGGCUCGUUCGUACACCUCUCCUGGCAAGACCGGGACCCUGUUGGGUGGUAUUUUCGGCACUGGAACCAAUGGCGCCUACCUGGAGAAGAUUGAGAAGAUUACCAAGCUGGACAGCAUGAAGGAUGUGCAUUACGAUAAAUCCACCGGCGAGAUGAUCAUCAAUGCCGAGUGGGGUAGCUUCGACAACCAGCUGAGCGUGCUGCCUGACACCAUCUAUGAUAGACAGUUAGAUGAGGAAAGCAACAACCCUGGGAUCCAGAUGUUCGAGAAGCGAGUUUCGGGUAUGUUUCUGGGUGAGAUCUUACGACGUGCCCUGUUAGCCCUGCACAACGACCCUCAAAUCGGCCUGUUCAAGCCUAGCGAAACCUCCAAGUGGGGUCUGGACACUAGUUUGUUGAGCUUGGUUGAGGAAGAUACCGCAAAGCAUUAUCCCGCGGUCAAGGCCGCUCUGAAGGACCACCUCAAGAUUGAGAACCCAAGUGAUGAAGAGUGCGAGGCCGUCAAGAUUCUGGUACACGCAAUCGGCAAGCGUGCAGCCCGUCUGAGCGCCGUUCCCAUCGCUGCUGUUCUGAUCCACACCGGCAAGCUCCAGACCGACGAGCUCGUCGACGUGGGUGUCGACGGAAGUCUGGUUGAGUUCUACCCUAACUUCGAGGGGUACAUACGCGAUGCUCUGCGGGAAGUCACCGAAGUUGGCCCUGCUGGGGAGAAGAAGAUCCGAAUCGGUAUCUCUAAGGAUGGCAGUGGUGUCGGAGCAGCUUUGAUCGCCCUUGUUGCCAGUAAAGACGAGACCCUGCAGAAUCCCCAACAGAAAGAAGGGAAAUGA